ACCAACAACAAGUUUCUUCUCAGUAACAUGAUGAAUUCAUUAGUAAAACUCGUGGCUACGGUGCUUUUAUUCGUCCAGACCGCACAGGCAUUGCACUUCCACUUGAAUACCGGCGAGUCGCGGUGCUUCUUCGAAGAGUUGCCGAAGGACACGUUGGUGAUGGCCAAGAUCGAAGCCCUUGAGUACAACGAACACUCUAACGACUACAUCCACAACCCUGACGUCAAAAUCGAAUACACGGUUUUCGAGACAUUCGAUAACGACCACAAAGUCGUCAACCACAAGGUGUCGGCCAAAGGUGAGGUUCCAUUUACUUCUUUGGAUGCUGGUGAACACAAAUUCUGUGUCAAGCCUGUUUACUAUGACGGGACCGCCAACAAAAAGCACAGAAUAUUCUUUGAUAUUGCCCUUGGAUCCGCCCACGACUAUGUCGACUCCAAGUCCACCAACCAGGUGGACCAGUUGACGUUGAAGGUGAAGAACUUGAAUAGUAAGUUGGAGAAAAUCAACUUUGAACAGGAACUGAUCAGAGAGAGAGAAGCGGUAUUCAGAAACCAAUCGGAAUUAACCAACUCGCGUGUGGUUACAUGGACCUUUAUUCAGAUUGCUGUGUUGGUGGGCACUUGUAUGUACCAGUUGAAGCACUUGAAGAGCUUCUUUGUCAAGCAGAAAAUUGUAUAGUUUAAAUGUACUUUCUUUGGUUGUUUUG